AUGGCGGACGAAAUGGAUUUCUACAGCUCAGACUACCACAACGACGACGCCUUCGAGACCCCGUCGAAGCCACCCACCUCUACCUCGGGCCGACCUAAGGGAUCUGGCGCUCAGGGAGGAGGAGGGAUGCGCUUCGACACGGAAGAAGCGCGCGAAGCAGCCCUUCGCAAGGAGCUCGAGGGCGUUCGCAAGAUCAACGAGGUUAUCGAGGGCAUGAUCGGGACGCUGGAGCGGGCUAAGGGGAAUAUGGGUACCGUCUCCCAAACCGUCACCAACGCCACAACCCUGCUCAACACCUGGACGCGCAUGCUCUCGCAGACCGAGCACAACCAGCGCCUGAUCCUCAACCCGGAAUGGAAGGGUGCCACGCAGGAUCUGCUCGAGUUGGAAGCGGAAGAGCGUAGAAGACAAGAGGAGGUUGAGCGUCGCGCUGCGGAGGCAGAGCGUCGUCGGGAAGAGGCUCGUCGGAAGGCCGAGGAGGAGGAGAGGAGGCGGGCGGCGGCGGCGGCGGCGGCGGCGGCUCCGGCGGGGAGGAGUGUGGGGAGAGGGACGACGAGGGGGAGAGUACGCGGAUCGGGGUUGACCAGAGGGGCCUCGUCGUCGGCGUCUGGGUCAGAGACUACCAGGACGACGUCCGGGAUAGCGAGGGGAGGGUUUGGGUAUACACGGGGAACGGCGAGAUACAGAGGGGCGAAAUGA